AUGGGGUGCAAGGAAGAGGAUGGCAGCGGCUCCUGGAAGAAGCAGACCAGCAACAUCCGCAAAACCUUCAUCUUCAUGGAGGCCCUGGGAUCAGGUGCCUUCUCUGAAGUUUUCCUGGUGAAGCAGAAAAGCACUGGCAAGCUCUUUGCUCUGAAAUGCAUCAAGAAGUCUCCUCUCAACAGGGACAGCAGCUUGGAGAACGAAAUAGCGGUGCUGAAAAAAAUAAAGCACGAAAACAUUGUGACUUUAGAAGAUAUUUAUGAGAGCACAACCCACUUCUACCUGGUGAUGCAGCUGGUGUCUGGGGGAGAGCUGUUUGACAGGAUCCUGGAGCGGGGUGUUUACACAGAGAAGGACGCCAGCCUGGUGAUCCACCAGGUGCUGACAGCUGUGAAAUACCUGCACGAGAACGGCAUCGUGCACCGGGACCUGAAGCCUGAGAACCUCCUGUACCUCACCCCCGAGGAGAACUCCAAAAUCAUGAUCACGGAUUUCGGCCUGUCCAAAAUGGAGCAGAACGGGAUCAUGUCCACGGCCUGUGGGACCCCAGGAUAUGUGGCCCCCGAGGUGCUGGCGCAGAAGCCGUACAGCAAAGCCGUGGACUGCUGGUCCAUCGGGGUCAUCACCUACAUCCUCCUCUGUGGGUACCCCCCCUUCUAUGAAGAAACCGAAUCCAAACUCUUUGAAAAGAUUAAAGAAGGCUACUACGAGUUUGAGUCUCCGUUUUGGGACGAUAUCUCCGAGUCAGCCAAGGACUUCAUCCGGCAUUUACUGGAGAAGAACCCGAGUGCGAGGUUCACCUGUGAGGAGGCCCUGAGGCACCCGUGGAUUAAUGGAAAUACAGCCCUUCACCGUGACAUCUACCCAUCUGUCAGCGCUCAGAUCCAGAAAAACUUCGCAAAGAGCAAAUGGAGGCAAGCCUUCAACGCCGCGGCUGUCGUGCACCACAUGAAGAAGCUGCACAUGAGCGGCCACGGGGCAGCCGAGGGCUCUGUCCCUGUCACGGAGCCCUCAGAGCCCCCCAGGCCCAGCAGCCCCUCGGGGACCCCCCUGCCAGCAGCACCCAGUGAGGACAAGGACACGGCACAGGGCCCCCCACAGGGACACCCAAAGCCACCCAAACCCUGUCAGGCCGAGCAGGACACGGGAAUGGGGCAGGAGGAGCUGCCAAGGCCCCUGGAGGAGGGAUCCCUGCCCGGGAACAGCAGCCUGGCCCUGCCGGACACCCACAGCCCCCCGGGCAGGAGCUCCUGCGGCUGCAGCCCCUCCUGUGUGGGCCAUGAGAAGACAAAGGUGUCCUCCUGCUCCGAGACAGUGCUGCUGAAAAAAUCUUCAAAAUCCCACCAUUUCAAGUCAGAGGUUCUCGUUCCAGUGAAAACCAGUAAACACUCGUCCCACUGUGGCACUGGGCAAACUGGAGUUUGUUUGAUCAUGUGA